AUGGAGCCAGAAGUCACUUUCAACAGGACUAAGACUGUGACUGCCAUACAUCCCUGCUAUGAAAUAGAUAACUUCAAUUUCAUCUUGACAAAGAGCCCUUCCAUUAUAUGUGUAUUAAUAUAUAUUUUUCUAAUGUUAUUGUCUGUUGUCACGAUAUGUGGAAACCUUCUGGUUAUAAUCUCUGUUUUUUAUUUCCAACAGCUCCACACUCCUACUAACUACCUUAUUCUGUCUCUGGCUGUGGCUGACCUGCUUGUUGGGAUAAUAGUGUUUCCUUUCAGCAUGGUAUUCUCAAUCAGCUCAUGUCUGUAUCAUGAAGGUUUAUUUUACAGAUAUUAUGCUGUAUGUAAGCCUUUGAUCUAUAGAACUAAAAUAAACCAUCGUGUCAUUCUUGUCAUGAUCCUGGUGAGCUGGGGGGUUUCUGCUCUAAUUGGAAUAAGUGUUAUUAUUGCUGGAUUAAAUAAUGAAACAUGUGAGGAAAGGUGUUUAAUUGAUGUUCUGAUAGGAAACACUAUAUCACCUAUUUUUUCAUUUUAUCUCCCAGUGAUCUUAAUGCUGUGUAUCUACCUAAAGAUUUUCCUUGUUGCACAGAGACAGGCUCGCAGCAUCCAGAACACAACCUGUCAGGGCAAAAAGUCUGGAGCAGCUGUCAGUAAGAUGGAGAGAAAGGCCACCAAGACUUUGGCUAUCGUUUUGGGGUUUUUUCUUUUAUGUUGGACUCCUUUCUUUCUUUGUAUAACCUUUCUGCCUUUAAGUAAUGAUCCAGUGCCAGCUCCUCUGAUUGAAACACUGAACUGGCUUACACUGUCGAAUUCAAUGCUCAAUCCAUUUAUUUAUGCUUUCUUUUACAGCUGGUUCAGAUCAGCUUUUAGAAUGAUAAUUUCUGGACGGAUAUUUCAAGGUGAUUAUAGUAAUUCAAGACUAUCUUGA